CACACACACACACACACAAACGCAUACUAGCAGAUACCGAGCAACGAACUCGGGCAGCAGCGACGCCCAAGAAUGAAACAGCAUAAGGCAACGUGAAAACUACAGCAACAACAAACAACACGGCAGCAUAAAAACAUAGAGAAAGCGAAAGAGAGGGGCAGAGACCGAGAGAGAGAGAGAAAGCAGGAGAGAAGCAGUUUUACGGCAACGACCCGAGCAGAAGCUGCCGCAACAUCAGAAGUAGCAGCAGAAGCAGUAAUAUUAGCGGGUGUUGUUGUUGUUGACGUUCUCUUGAAUGCUGCCAAUUGUCAUAUACGCCGAUCCGCACACUCGCUCACACACACAGACUCUGAUGCAUAUGUAGACACAGAUACUCUGCUGCAUAUGUAGAUACAGAUACUGUACUCGAACCGAAUUCCAAAGAGCCUUUGAUGACGACGCCUCGCUGUGCAUAACGACAUUUGUUAAAUACUUUGUGAUAGUCUUGUUUAUCGUUUUAUUUAAUUGUUUUAUACACACAAAAUAAUAGUAUUGUAAGAUCUUAAGAGAAACCAAACAAAGUUGCAAACCAAAUAGAAAGAAUUCAAACAAAAGCCUGCAAAUGCAUUCCACAAGCACAGCCACAAGAGUAUUCGACAGAUUGAGAAUGGGCAUUCUGCUGCUGCUGCUGCUGUUCAGCUGUCUGGGCUGUCCGGCUUUGAUCGAGGCAUGCUCCAGCCGCACAGUGCCGAAGCCCCGUCCGUCGGUCUCGUCGUCCAUGUCGGGCAUUGCAUUGGCGCCCACACAGCCGCCGGCCACAGCAACAACAACGACAAUGCGAACCACCACAACAACGACAACACCGAGGCCAAACAUCACAUUCCCCACAUACAAGUGUCCGGAGAACUUCGACGCCUGGUACUGUCUGAAUGACGCCCAUUGCUUUGCCGUGAAGAUCGCCGAGCUGCCCGUCUACAGCUGCGAGUGCGCCAUUGGCUUCAUGGGUCAGCGCUGCGAGUAUAAGGAAAUCGACGGCUCCUAUCUGCCCAAGCGACCGCGUCCCAUGCUCGAGAAGGCCAGCAUCGCCAGCGGUGCUAUGUGCGCCCUCGUCUUGAUGCUGUUCGUCUGCCUUGUGUUCUACUUGCGCUUCGAGCAGCGCGCGGCCAAGGAGCGCGAGCUUCAGGAGGACGACCUCGAGGAUGAGGAGGAGGAGUGCAGCGAUGGCGAUCAUUGCGAGUGCUGUCGCGACCGCUGCUGCGCCUCAGGCGAUGAGCCGCUCGUGACGCGUGGCAAGCUGCCCUAUCACAUGCGGCUGGAGCACGCCCUGAUGUCCUUUGCCAUCAGGCGCAGCACCAAGCUCUAAACUCAAACUGAAUCUGACACAGAAAUCUAAAAACAUAAUUUCCACUUAGCUAUAGACGAGUAUAUAUUUGAACUAUCUCAAAUGAUUUCUGCCUUGCCCGUUAUGCAUGUCAUGCCGAAAAUGCGUACUACGAAUUUCUAUGUGCUUUAGUCGUAGCUUAAUGUUCCAUUAUACAUACUACAUACACAUACUGUCCUAUUUACUAAAUGUUACGUGUAACAAGCUCUGUAUUCCAAGUUCUUGUGCGUAUCUUAGACCUGAGAUGAGAUUCUUCACUUCUCUAAUUAUCGUGAAUCGAAUAUGUAUUUUUAUUAUACCUUGUGCUGGAGCUAUAUUUAUUUUACUCUAUAACUAUUAUACAUAUAUGUAUACCACAGCAUAUAUAUGUACAUGCACGAACACAUCCACAAUGAUCCACGUCAAGUAUUAUUUAUUGCACUAGCUAUGUAUGAAUUACAAUGAGAAUUUUUUAAAUAAACAUGCGCUGCACUUGCAUAUUAUUUAUGCCAAGGGAGCAAGUCCCAGAA